AUGGAUCCAUUCUCAGCAGAGGGGCUCCUCAACAUCCACAAUGCCUUCCACUCCGGCCAAUACCAGAACGUGAUCGACUUCGACACCGCCGCCCUGUCGUCCGAGAACCAGCUUCCUGCGCGCGUCCUCAAGCUCCGCUCCCAGAUUGCACUUGGCCAGACUGACGAGGUCCUGGCCGCCGUCUCCAGUGAAGAGGAUACGCCCGAUCUCGCCGCCACCAAGGCCCUUGCUCAGCAGGCCGCGGGCAAGACCGACGCCGCUUUGCAGUUGGCCCAGGAUCUCGCUGAGAACAACCCCGACAAUGGAUCCGUGCAGGUACUUUGUGGGACUGUCCUCCAGGCCCAGGGAUACAAUGAGGAGGCAUUGGCUUUGCUGUCCAAGCACCAGGGUAACCUUGAGGCUGUCUCCCUGGUCGUCCAGAUCUAUCUGCAACAGAACCGUUCCGACCUUGCGCUGAAGGAGGUCCAGACUGCCAAGCGCUGGGCCCAGGACUCACUCCUCAUCAACUUGGCCGAGUCAUGGGUCGGUCUGCGCGUUGGUGGUGAGAAGUACCAGUCUGCGUUCUAUGUCUACGAAGAGCUCGCCUCCGGCCCCAGCACCUCCGCCCCUCUGUCCAUUGUCGGCCAGGCCGUCGCCGAAAUUCACCUCGGUCGCCUGCCCGAGGCCGAAGCCGCCCUGAAUGCCGCUCUUGAGAAAUAUCCCUCCGACACCGAGUUGAUUGCCAACUCCAUUGUGCUGAACGUGCUGGCAGGAAAGCCCUCCGAGGAUCUGGAGUCAAUUCUCCAGCAAACCGAGCCCUCGCACGCCCUCCUUGCCGAUAUCCAAGAAAAGAGUGCUCUAUUCGAUACUGCGGCGGCCAAGUACUCUCCUAAGGUCUCGUCCUAG